GGUGGCACGGAUGGCAGUCAUGACGAGCUGUUUCGCCGGAGCUCCCGACCCAAGAGCGACUUCUCCAGCCGAUCGCGAGAAGUGGUUACGCACAUCAGCAAGCUGAGAGACUUCCUUCUGGAGCACAGGAAAGACUAUGUCAACGAGUAUAGCCGCGUCAUGUCUGAAUAUGGGAGGAUGACGGACACGGAAUGAGACCAGAUAGACCAGGACGCCCAGACGUUCAUGCAGACCUGCUCGGAAGCCAUCCAGCAGCUCAGGACUCAAGCCCACAGGGAGACGUCCUCGCAGCAGGUGAGGCAGCACAGGAGCGCCAUCCUGGACUUCGUCAAGUACUACCUGAAAAGGGUAUGCAGACUGUACUUCGAGCAGAGGGCCGUGUGGGUCAAGCGCGUGAUGGACAGGAAGAGGCUGUCCAAGUUGAUAGAUCCAAACACCAGGACAAGGGAGCCCGGCUCCUCGGAGAGAGUUCCCAAGAGCCCUUCACAGGAUCCUGAGGGAAAAUCUGUCACUGACCACCAUCCAGUAGAGCAGAUCCCCGCCGACACGCAGGCCGAACUGGGGACGUGGGGAGAUGGCAGAGGCGAUGAGGUUAUCCUUGAAGAAAUACAGAUGUAUGAACAGGAAAAGCAGCGCCUGAUCAGCGAGAUGAACAACCUGUGUGACGAUGUGAAGCUGAUUGAGGGGAAAGUGGUUGAAAUAUCCUGACUCCAGGAGAUAUUCACAGAGAAGGUCUUCCAUCAGGAGGCCGAGAUUGACAGCAUCCACCAGCUGGUCGUUGGGGCGACUGAGAACAUCAAGGAGGACAACGAGGACAUCAGAGAGGCCAUCAAGAACAAUGCCGGCUUCCGAGUGUGGAUCCUUUUCCUGGUGAUGUGCUCCUUCUCCCUGCUCUUCCUCGACUGGUAUGACAGCUAG